AUGACCGAAUACAAUGGCCGCAGGGCCCCCAACUUCUCCCAAUACCUCGACGACCUUAACGCUAUCCCGUCGCCAUACGAUCAGGCUGUCCAGCAGCAACAGGGCUCAUACAACCUCGAUGCGGACCUCUCCCUCUUCACCAAUGCCGAGUUCUUCGAUUUUGAUAACUUUGGGGAUUUGAACCUCCCCGGGUUUGACUCGGUGGAGAGCGACAGAAUGAAGAAGGAAAACAACCAAGCCACGGGCCAGAACCCAGAUAUGGAAUUCUUGGAUCUUUUCGGUGAUUAUACUGUCUCUAUUGUUUUUGGACCCGAGCUGGAGGAGCUACCGGUCGCAUUUGGUUGCAACUCAGCCGGCGUGAACCCGUUACGCUAUGGCGUCAUUCCACGUGACCUGAUCUCUACGGUCGCAUUCAGCUCAUGGGAUCAUCUCUCGUUGAAGGGACUUGAUACUGUUCUGUCUGCGUUGAUCUUAUCGCCUUUGGAUCAGUUCGGCUUUAGCAACAUGCCCGAUUAUUCAGCUACCGGCUUCAACUCUGUCAAUGCUCAGUCACAACCUACAUCUCUGCAGAAUGCACAGUUCUCGACUGUCCCGCAGAUGCCGAACGGACCCGCCAAUGCUGUCUCCAGCCCGAACGAGUCCAUCUCGACUUCAUCAUCAUCGCCUGCAGCCCAACCGCAGGCCCCCGCCCCCGCUGCCUCCACCCCGUCUUCCGCCGCCGCACCGAAGCGUAAGAACACCCAGAAGUCGGCUGCCAUGAGUGUGGAGGAGGCAGCGCGGGUUGCGGCAGAGGAGGACAAGCGUCGGCGUAACACUGCUGCCAGUGCGCGGUUCCGUGUGAAGAAGAAGAUGCGUGAGCAGGCCCUUGAAAAGACUGUCAAGGAGACAACGGAGAAGAAUACUGCGCUUGAGGCCCGCGUCACUGCUUUGGAGCUUGAGAACCAAUGGUUGAAGAACCUGAUCACCGAGAAGAACGGGCAAUCAUCUGAGGAAGGCAAAAAGUCGGAAAACGAUAUUGCGGACAUGUUCAAGAAGUUCCUUGCUUCACAAAAGGCUGAAGGUCAACGAAGUAGUGCUGAGUCGAGGAUCGGUGUGGGCACUGCCUGA